GUGAAGAAUGUAAUAUCUUUUUAUAUUAAAAUUAAUAUCAUUAGGCAGUGAAUUGUAUAUUAUUAUUACAAUAUAAAUAUCUUAAGAAACUUCCUCCGAACGCAGAGCAAAUAGCGAUUUGCAAUCGGUGUUUUGUUUUGCUAAUGAUUUCGCGCUUCGUUUUGCUCGAUAUCCAAUAUCAUUCUUGUAUCUUGUAUCUUGUAUGAAGACAAUUGGUAUCAUCGGUGUUUGACGUUUUCCUGUAAAUGUCAACAAAGUGAAAAUCAGUAAUAAAAAUAAAAAAGAAGUGGAAAAGGUCUUUAAAACAGAAAUUAACAAAUAACUUUAGGAACAGUAACACCGUUCAGCUGGUGAUUUUAUCACAGUGCUGACGCUUUUUGGAUACAAAAAUCAAUUUACUUGAACUGUACGCCAGUGGAUACUUAAAAGCCUUACAACCAGAACUGGAAAAUCGAUAUAAAAGUAAUUGCUACUAGCCACUGGAGUUGUGGUUAGGGAUUCGUGCAGCGAUGGACGACGAGUUCAAGCUCUGUUGGAAGAAUUUCCAGGACAAUAUAGCUAGUGGAUUUCAAAACUUGUAUGAUCGUGGAGACUUAGUUGAUGUUACACUUGCCUGCGAUGGAAAAUUGCUGCACGCACACAAAAUUGUACUUGCUAUUUGCAGUCCAUAUUUUCAAGAAAUUUUUAUAACCAAUCCCUGCAAGCAUCCAAUAAUUAUCCUAAAAGAUGUAUCAUUCAACAUUAUGUGCGAACUUCUGGAAUUCAUGUAUCAGGGCGUGGUGAAUGUUAAACACACUGAACUCCAAUCAUUUAUGAAAAUUGGCCAAUUGCUACAAAUAAAAGGUCUUGCCACCAAUACCUCUUCAACCGCGGGCGCAACACCAACGGAUAAACCGGCUAGUCAAACACAUAAUACCGAUGAAACGAGCGUUGCCGCAGAUACAGAAAAUAACUGUAAAGUGACCGCAAAAACUGAACCUAACCGUUCUGCCAGUGGAGAUGAUGCGAAUACCUCUGAUGGACUCUCAACUGUAAAAAUAUCAAAUCCUAUUUCGGUGAAAUCACAUUCGCCCCCGUCGUCGCCAUCACCAGUGGGCUUCGACUCAUCUACUUCGGCAAACCAACAUAAUUUCAAAAGUUCACCAGACAGCAAUGUGCCACUGCAUCAUGAACCAUAUCAUGCAGGAGCGAAUCUCAAACGGCAUGCAGACAUAAAUAGUGAUGCAUUGUCAGUAUAUUCGCGCAAACAAUUUCGUCGUUCAAUAGCAUCAGCCGAGCACAAUACCGAUCAUAGUGAUAGUGCAGAUGCGGAUGCUGAUUCUGACUAUUUCCUUUCGUCCAUACCGCAUCUAGCAACAAAUACAUCAGCAGCGGCGGCGGCAGCGGCGUUUAGAGGUACAUUCAAUCCUGCCGCCUUCGGUUUCGAAUACAAUUUGUACAAAAGCAGUGGAGCAAGUGGUGUCGGUGGAAGUGGCAUUGGUGGCAAUUGUGGUGGCAAUACGUCUGGUGGUAGCGGGCAGGAGUAUCCGAACGAUUUGCAUAUUCCAAGUGACUAUUCAAAGAAUUUCGCAAACCAUGUGGACAUUCCGCCAAAUAGCAGCAAUGUGGUGAUGCUCUCUUCGACGUCACUGUUGCAUGGUAACUGCGUAUUCAACCGCAACAACACUGUGGCCACACAGCAAGGCAUGAAAACUUACUGGCUCUGCAAGUCAUAUCGCAUUAGCAUGUGCCGGGCGCGCUGCAUAACUCAUCAGGGCCGCGUGAUAUCCGCGACAGGUGUGCAUAACCACCCUCCACAUAUGCGUGGUAGUGGGCCGGGUGGCGGCGGUGUUGGCAAUGGAGGCGCAGGUAAUCUUAGCAGUGGUAGUGGAACUGGUGGAGGAUUUUCAAUUGAUUCUAGUGCUCAGCAAUCAUCGUCAGUGCCAAGCUCCAUUUCACCAUCAAUUAACUUAAACUCAAUUAAUAUGUCCGGCGUUCUACUGGCGGGUGGCUGUACUGUUGCAAAUAGUAUGAAUACCAGUGCUGGAGCACGGCUGCAUCAUAGCACGGCUGGCAGUGUUCUUGGUGCAUCGAUGUAUCAACAGCAUAACUCAAUGCAUAAUUCACCUUCGCAACAACUGCAGUUGCAUCAUCAUCAGCAACAACAACAACAGCAGCAACAGUUGCAGCAUCAGCAACAGCAGUUGCAUUCAGUGGGCGGGGCAACGACGCCACCUCCUAUGUCGGCAGGUCUGAUGGGUAACUCGCAAAUGCACACGCAUUCAUCUCAGUCAUCGACUAGUCUUUUAAUGCCCCAUCACUCAACGACUGAAAGCGGAAGCAGCCACAGCAAUUUACAUCACCAUCACCACCAGCAGCAUUCGGUUGGCAGUUCAGGAAACGGUCCGGGAGCGAGUGCUGCUAGUGGAUCGCAAGGCUUACAUUCGAACAGUGUAAUACAAAAUAUCUUACAUAGUGUCAAUGCAUCUAAUGUUAUGCAUCACCAUCACCAUCCACAAUUGCCGCACAUGUCGCAUAUGUCGCUGCAUCCGCACCACCCGCAUUCGCAUGAGCAACAACCGCACGAACAAUCGCCUCAACAACAUCAACCGCAUUUGGAGAUAACUCCGCUAAUGCAGUCACCACCGUUACCACCACCGCCGCCACUUCAUUUGCAAAGCCCAUCGAAUCACAGUAAUCAGUCACAACACGGCAGUGGCGGCGGUAAUUCGCUUAGCUCACCAAUAACAACAACACCGGCAGCAGGUUCAAGCAGUAGCGCACUCAAAUCGCCAGCACAAGCGAGCCUCAGUGACGAAGCGGCCUGUUUAUCGGAGGCGCAAUCGCAUCAAGUUCAUUCUGCGCAUCUGAGCGGCGUAGAACAACAGCAACAACAUUUGCUGGGUCAUGGCAGAACACUUUCACCGUCCGAAAUUAACGCAAACACUGCCGUGCCCAGCCAUUCAACCGAUGGCGCGAGCGAGACGCAGCAUCAGGCGCACGUUAUCGAUUCCAUUACGAUAUCACCCGGCGAAGGGCAUAACUUCAAAAUGGAAGAUAUGUAACUGCUAAGUUCCUUAACGGCUCAUUUAGAAUGCAACAAAACGCUAAAAUGACUCAGUGCAUACAUUCGAUGUGCACAGCGCCAGUUUUUGUCUAUUAUUAAUAUUAUACAUAUUAUGAUUAUGGACAUACAUAAAUAUAUACAAGCCAAUGUAGAAAUUAAAA